UCACAGCUUUUCCUAUUAUCGGCACCAAGGCGGCUCCGGCUUCGUGUGAGAGGCUGGAUGCUUUCAGCGUGGAGUCACGUCCCACGGGGGGCGUUGGAUGUUGCUCCAGCGUGAGGAAUGUCUGCAAUGCUGAGGGCGUGUGUGGGGUCUGCGUGUCCCUCCGUGGGACCGCGUAGGAGCUCAGGACCAGGGAUGGAGGGCCGCUGCUACAGCACGCGUUACACGUGGAGGCACCGCAUCAGGAGGCGAGGGCAGACGUGGGGAUGGAGGCGCGGCGCCGGCCCACAGAGAAAUGAGUCGACUGAUGAUUUCAUGUUUUUCCAGCAGGCACUAACUACACAGAAGGCUACAUAAGAAUAGUGGUGUCGUUAGGACUAGUGCAUCAGAUCCAAACUAGUUCAUAGUCAAUCAAUAGUUUCUACUGGUCAAUGUCAGAUACAGCUUCCUGCAGCCGAGCUGAUCACACUCACUGGCCUCAGUGCGACAUAAAAGAAAGAAAGACGUUCUUAUCUACUGUCUAAUGUGUCUGGCUCCGCUCCGUUUCCUUUGAACAAGGUAUCAUCAGGGUGUCUGUCAUUGGCCGCGGUAAAAAAGGACGAGCUCUGUUCAUGCGCCGCCACACAGAGGAAAUGCAGCGGUCAGCUGUGCAGAAGCACUGGUACGUGCAAAAGUGACAGAGGGACCGGGCCAAGGAACACAUUCAGGUCAAAGGUCGGGGAUGCUAAAAGCAAGACGAGGGACUGAGGCUCCGCUGGGAGCUUUUACGGAGCGCUAUGAAUCAUAAUUAAGGACAGUGUGCGAGCAGAAGCAGGGGGUCGAGGUGCUUCACAACAAGAAUAGGAAAAUGACUUAAAGUCCAUCUUCAGCAGAGCUUCCCGUCUGCAUUAUGGGCAAACUCCUCUAGGAACCAGUGGCAAAGUCCAGUUUUGUAUUUAAAACCUAAUACUUUUCUUUCCUUGUGGACCUGUGGUUCAUUUUAAGAUAAGGAUUUUGCAUAACACAUAAUCAGCUUGUGAAGCGUCUGAUGGUUUCAGCCUCUGGAGCAGUAGCUGUAGUUGGGCCUUGAGUUUUUGGGAGAGUGCAGAUAGAGCUGGAUCUCCAGCUGUUUACGUGACUGCUCACCAACAAGCACAGACGGAGGGAGGCGCUUAAAAAUAAACCACGUUUUCAGAUAAGGUUUUUCGUGUUUUCCUCCUUCUACAUUGUUUAGUAGCGUAGAGGAAACCUAAUCUCCCACCUCCCUCAAAUUCAUCUUGUGACCUUUUUGAGGUUUCCCACUCGUGGUUCAGAGAUGACUAAACCUAACGACAUACACGCUUAUAAAGUAUGUGAGUUAAGUCUGAGCCUGUACAUGUAGCGAUACCCUCACUUUAAUGAGCUCAGGGCUCAGAAUUGUGCAUCCUGCACCACUGCUGCUGCUGCUGGUGCUUUCAAAUAGAACAAAACCCAGAUGAGCAAGUAAUAAAAAUUAGAAACAUCCAAAAUAACGCUUGUCAUUUCCCCCACAAUGCAAUAACACUGCACACUAUAAUAGGCUACAUCCUCCUUAAACAUUGACAUUUAUAGUCAUUUCCCUCUUAAUGGUCAAUCUUCCUCAUUUAAACAUAUUUCUUUUUAGCUGCACGUCUAUUCUUUUUAGCUUGCAGUAAAGCUGCAAAUCCGCUUACAGGUUCAUAACAUAAUAUUAGUAACAAUUAUACAAUAGUAAUAGCUGGAGGUUCAUAUAAAAAAAAAACGAACUAAGAAGUAGCUUUCACUUGGCGCUGUUGACGGCGCAGCAGGUGUCGACAGAUUCGAUCUGACCCGUUCACCGACCACAGUGGUUUCACACUGAUCUCACGUCGCCUCGUUUCACACCGGCCCAUUGUCAGGUGCUGAACAGUGAGUGCACUGUGAGAGGCGCUCGGGCCCCGACUUCCUUGCGGGUUUUUUUUCUCUUUUUGCAUAUUUACUGUAAAUGCCAGUGUGGCGCGCGCUGAUGGAGCGCACGCGGUUCCUCGCAGCACGCGCCGCUGCGCAGCGUGGGAGCGUUUGCAUGUUUGUGUGUUUAUGACGGCGCCCUGUACAAUGUCACAUGUGUGCUACGGUGACAACUUCCUCGUCAACACGCUGAAGGUACUUUCUAUGACAUGCAAAGCACGCGCGGCUGAUUUCCACAGACACAGAUGGACACCUUUGUUGCACAGGCUGGUUGCUCAUGGCGGCGUCUGCAGACGAAUGCACCACAGCCAUGGGACGUGACGCGACCUUGACUUGACCUUGUCCUCUCUCCCGCUGCAGGCUGCGGGCUGUUUGGGACUCCAUCUUGAUCUGUGGGAUGCUGCGGAGGACGGGCUAGGGGCCCGGGUCACAGCGUGAACCCCCCCCCCCCACCCCCCCUCAACGGACAGGAUGGACGCUCGCCCUCGCUCCUCGCCGCGCCGCCAGCGCCUUCCCUGAGACGAGCUUCCCGCUGCUGCACGGAGGCGCCUGCUCCGGCCCCACGGACUAAGAUGAACUUUACCAACUGCACCUACAGUGCAGAGCUGCAGACGUACCGGCACCAGGUGUACGCGGCGGUGUACAGCGUGAUCCUGGCGCCCGGCCUGCUGUGCAACGUGCUGGCGCUGUGGGUGUUCAGGGUCUACGUCAGAGAAACCAAGAAGGCCGUGGUGUUCAUGAUGAACCUGGCUGUGGCCGACCUGCUGCAGGUGCUCUCCCUGCCUCUGCGGAUCUACUACUACCUGAACGACACGUGGCCCUUCGGCCGGCCCCUCUGCAUGUUCUGCUUCUAUCUCAAGUACGUCAACAUGUACGCCUCCAUCUACUUCCUGGUGUGCAUCACCGUGCGCCGCUGUAACCUCAUCAUGUGCCCGCUGCAGUACCAGCGCGCCACCAGGCGCGGGGACGCUUGCGUUUGCGUGCUGGUCUGGCUGCUGGUGUGCCUGGGCUGCCUGGCCUUCCCCCUGCUGAGGAGCGACCUCGCCGCCACGGAGCUGCCCGUGUGCUUCUCCGAGCUGCCCAUGAGGAGCGUCAGCAUUCCCACGGCCUUCACCCUCCUGGUGAUGGCGGAGCUCCUGGGCUUCGUCCUCCCCCUCGUCCUGGUUUUAGCCUGCGCCUGCCUGACCGCCGGGAGCCUUCGGCAGGUGACGGCGGGGGCGUAUCCGGACCGGGGGGAGAAGCGGCGGGCGCUGAGGAUGGUGCUGAGCUGCGCGGCCGUGUUCCUGGUCUGCUUCGCCCCGUACCACGUCACCAUGCCGCUGGACUUCCUGGCGAAGGCCAAGCUCCUGAGCUGCGCCUCCAGGGACCUGGUCCUGCGGUGCCACCCGGUCACGCUGUGCCUGGCCAGCCUGAACUGCAGCCUGGACCCGCUCAUGUACUAUUUCACGACGCACGAGUUCUGGAGGCGGCUGAGCAAGCCGGAGGUACCGGAGAGCAUGACCUUCAGCAGGCGCCUGUCCUGCAUGACAGGAGGCGAGGAGGCCGAGGAGGACUAGAACCGAAGCCUCAGCCAUUAAACCAGUGACACAAGGGGCAUGUGAACGUCAAAAUGUGAAAAUCUUCUAUUUAUUUUUUUAAUAAAUGUGUAAAUGUG